AUGUCGGACUCGUCAAUCAAACCCAUCGUUUUGUAUGGUCACGGCCCAACGCCCAAUCCGCGAAAGGUGCAAAUCAUCCUAGAGGAACUCGACCUCCCGUACACGGUCAAAGAUGUGGAACUCUCCGAGCUCAAGCAAGCUCCCUUCACGAAUAUCAAUCCCAACGGCCGACUUCCUGCCAUCGAAGAUCCCAACACGGGAAUCAGUCUCUGGGAGUCUGGCGCCAUCAUCCAGUACCUGAUCGAGACGUACGACAAGAAGGAAGCCUUGACGUACACCAGCAUUCCGGAGAAGUACCAACUCAACCAGUGGCUCAUGUUCCAAAUGUCGGGCCAAGGUCCUUACUUCGGCCAGGCCGCCUGGUUCAAGCACUACCAUCCCGAAAAGGUCCCCAGCGCGGUGGAGAGAUACGUGAGGGAAGUCGAGCGUGUCAUUGGCGUUCUGGACGGAUGGUUGCAGAAGCACAAGUUCUUAGUCGGGGACAAGCUCACGUAUGUGGACCUGGCGUUUGUGCCUUGGAGUGCUGGGGUGCCGUGGUUGGAUAGCGACAAGACGAUCGACAUGGCGAAGUAUCCUGCCUACUCGAAGUGGCUGGGGGAUAUGCUCGCUAGAGACAGUGUCAAGAAGGUCACUGGGUCGUAG